GUUUAUACUACCUCCUCUGCAGACGAAAUUGGGGAAUCCGUUCUGGACCACUUGUCAAGUUGUGACGGGCAGGUGUAAGAAAGGAGAAGAUCGAUUAAAUGGCGGUGGGUGUACUGGGGUGAGGGAGGUGCCGCAGUAGUCCAAGAUGGAGGAGGUGGACCUGAGCGACCAGCCCUCGCAGAGGAUCAACUCUGACAACUUGAGUACUGACCUGGACGACUCCCCGGACCCCAGGAUUCAGGUUGAACUAGAACGACUCAACACCUCCACUGAUACCAUCAACAAGUUGGAAGUUGAUCUUGAUGAGGCUCGUAUGUUAUUUCGGCAGCUCCUGGCUGACUCAACCCACCGUAUUGACCUUCUGGCCAAGCGGCUGGGGAAGUGCGUGGAACAGUCUCGUCCGUACUAUGAUGCUCGUAUUAACGCAAAACAGGCACUCAGGGAGACGCAGGCAGCAGCUGUGCGUUAUGAGCGUGCCAUGAGCCAGCACGCUGCUGCACGGGAAAUGGUGUUCCUGGCAGAAGAGGGACUGAUGCAGAAAGGCUGUGUCUUCGACCACACCUGGCAGGAGAUGCUCAAUCAUGCCACCUCCAAGGUGAAUGAUGCUGAGCGUGAGAAAAUAGAGAGUGCUGCUGAGCACCGGCGCACGUCAGCACUCUACCACGAGGCCGAGACCAGAGUCAAGGCUUUACAGAAGGAACUAAAGAGAGCCAUCGCAAAGUCCAGUUUGAAUGCACGUCGCAGCCUGUUGCAAAUGAAUAACCUUGUGAGGAUGCACCAGCUGCAGCUGCUGCCAUAUUUUGAACUGAAGUCAGCAGUGAACCAGCAGCUCGAAGCCCAGAAACAACAGGUGCGACAGCUAGAGGAGAGCGUGGCCAGAGCUAAAGUGACUUAUGCUCAGGCUCUCUCCAACCUGGAGACCAUCUCUGAUGAGAUUCAUCGGAAUCGCCAAUCUCAGCUAGACCUGGGAGUGCGGGGCAUUGGGGUCGGGGCAGAAUCUCCUUUACCUCCACUGCAAACUAUAGACGGGGGGCUCCCUCUUGCUGCGCACCCCCUGCACUAUGCUGAGUCAACACUAGAGGCCAAUACUCAGGAGUUUAAAUCUUUACCAGGAAAAUUAGGACCUGUGGCAGCUCCCAUUAUGGCAACUGUGCAAACUGCAGCUGCUAAGGCAUCUUCAACCAGCUACUCUGGUGCCUCUAGUCUACCAGCCACCAUAGCCCCAAUCACUACUAGUCUACCAGCCACCAUAGCCCCAACCACUGCUAGUCUACUAGCCACCUUAGCCUCAACCACUGCUAGUCUACCAACCACCAUAGCCCAAACCACUGCUACUACAUCUUCUGUUGUUAUGACUCACUUUGUUGAUGGAGCUAGAGGCUCAGCUGUGAGUGCUGCACGUCAAGCAGAGGAGAACAGCAUCAUGGUGAUGGAUACAGCAGAGGACAGCAGCUUAGUGAGGGAGACACCAAAGGAUAGCAGCUUGGUGAUGGAGGCUGGGGAUGUUGUAGUGGAGGAAGUGGAUGGGGCAGCAACCAGCACAGACUUAACUGGCUGGCAGGUUGUCGGCCUAGGCAGCCCUGCACUGUCACCAGCAACGCAAUAUCUCACGGUUGAGGACCGGGAUUCCAUUGUCUCUGACACAGAGAGUCUAGCCAGCAUCGAAAUGCUUAGUGAUGAAGCUAUUGCGGGAUUAAUGCUGGAUGAAGAAUUAGCCGAAGCUUCAAAUUCCAUAUGCACCCCCCUCAGCACUCCUGUUCUUGAUCCUCCUCUUCCCCUAACAUCAUCCAUCCAUUCAUGGCCAACAUUUUUACAAAACUAUGUAAGUGCUUCACAACUCACAUCAGAGACAACAACGUCAGACUCCAAAGCUGCACAGCAAGAUCAGAGUGAAGAGCAGUGUUCUGGCAUCACUCAGUCUUUAAGUGGAUUAGAGUUAGACUCACUUCAUCCUGGAAUCAGACAGCUCCAGCCUCCCCACACACUGGCCCUCCAUCGUGACUCUUCCUCCGACCAGUCGUCUCCAGAAGACCUCACGCCAGGUUAUGCACCUCUGCGGGACACUCCCUACUCCCCAGAGGACUUUUUACCUUCCAGUCGAGACCACAGUGCCCAGCCUUCUGACGAGGCCUCCUCACCACUCAGUACCUCUAUGAACGAUGAAGUGAGGGAUGAACCUCACCGUAGUUCUUGGGUUCUAGAAAAUGUUCCACCAGCCCAAAAAUAGGUCUUAAGAAACUCACUGAGGCUGAUGGAUUGAGCUGCUGGUAUAGCCAUACGUAUAUUAUUAUUAGACUAAGGCAAGUGAAUAUGUUUAUUUGGGUGGUUGGUAAACAAAACAGUGAGCUGGUGAUGUAUAUUUGGAUUGGUAUUAAGGUUUUUCUUGACAUGAAGAUAUCAUGUCAUUAAUUUUCAGAGUUCUGGUUGAAACUACAGUAUACGUGUUUGUGCAGGAUAACAUCAUAUCCUUGUUAGCUUCACUGCAAAACAAAAGAGGAACCUUCAAUAAGCAGCAGAUCAUAUCAUUAACCUAUGCGUACUGUAUGUAUAUCAAAAUCACUGUUUAAUAGUGAUCAACAUCUUCAACUCAUCCAGUUAAUACAUUGUUACAAAGAAGAUUGUCAUGAUCAACACAAUAAGAUGAAGUAUUGACCCUGUGUGCAGUUGGACCUUUAAUGAAGGUAUUCAUCUUGUAGAUGUGAGUGUCCUUCAGUGUGACUAUCCAGUUUACAGUUGGUCUCCUCCCAAGAUAAAAAUGUUUCUAAGCUUGAGGCAUAAUGGUUCAUUCAUGAAAAUUGUAUAUUGAUGCAGUAAUUUAUGCUGACUAGAACAAUACAGCCUACAUCUAAGAAAUCUUUUUAUAAAACUCACACAUUUUAAUUGAAUAAUUAUGUCUUUCUCUCAGUUGCCUAUGAAUUCAAUUUUUUAUUAGAAAUGUAGUACAGUGUGGUAAAAUUGACAAUUUUAAUUUAAUUCAAAUUAUGACACAUGGAUAUUGCUUAUGUAUGAGGCUCAAUUUAGUUAUACUGUAUUUUGAUAUAAAAUAUACAAAGAAAUAGAUGGUGUGUGUGUGUGUAUGUUAGUAGGUAUUCAUUAAUAUGCUUGUGAGGCCUUGGGCUCAGUUCCCUGGUGGGUUGAAACAUUGUGAAAGCUUUUACAUUCAGGCCAAUGGCCUGUAUAGGAUCCCUCCAUUGAUAUUGGUAAUCUUGUCAAGGGCUUUUUUGAAACCCAGUACUGUUCUCUAUUCCACAACUUGAGCUGGUAGACUGUUCCAUACACCUUCCUACCAACCUCUCUCUGAAGAACUAUUUGCUUUGUUUGUUCUGCAUGCUAACUUGGCAAGCUUGUAGUUAUGUCUUCUCGUGUUUGUGGUACAUGACUUCACAAGGAAAUAGCCUGGGUUCACAUUUUCUUAAGGCUCUCAUUCUACUUGAAUAAUAGAGAUGGCAUAAUUCUGGAAUCAUGUUGGUCGCUCUGCCAGAUAGAUAGAUGCCCCAACUAAUUUUUGCAUAUUUAGUACCGUACAUGUAAGUCUUGUGUUUUAUUGCAGCAAGCAACCUCUUCCUUAUACAGUACAGUAUACACGUACAGGUCAACUAUUUCUUUGUCACGUUUUUCAUAUUAAGAGAUGCAUCUAAUUUGAGCCUUGUAGGUAUUCAGUAGACACAUGUUAUAACUGAACAAGAUCCGUUAAUACAAGUCAACAAGGAAGAUGUUGUCUCAUAAUUCUAAAAUGUCUUGUGUCUUUGUUUAUCGUUUGUAUUUUCAUUAAUUACAACACUAUGAUUGAGUGGAAUUGAUAUGUACGUAAAAACUAAAUCGAAAAUCCAAAUAUAAAAACGAACUACAACAUUCAACUGGUAAACAUUCCUGAGUUGUUUGGGUCUCACUACCUGGUAAAUAUCUCUUAUUAAGAUGUACUGUGUGUGUUAAAACAGUAUACUGUAUGAGGCACUCGGGGGAACACUGACGAAGACACCAAAAUAAUGAGGUGAUCGUAAAGUUUGUAACAUAUCCUUAAACUCGACUAAUUUUCAUAUAUUUGAUGCCAGAUUCAUCAUAAUCAUGUGGUGGGUUUAUGGAGAUAUAGAACACAGAAUUUGUUACGCCAACAGUGAUAAUCACAACAAAUUAUUUAGGCGUAUUCUUCGCUGUUCCCCAUUAGCACCUCUUGUUAUCAUGUUCAAAUUUGUGGUGUUGAUUAAGUUGGGUUGUGGCUGGCAACAGUACCAAUCACUGCUGCACACACGAGGCCUGGGUGAACCAUUACUGUACUAUUUACAUUUAUAAAGAAAAUCACUUCAACAUUUACAGAUAUUUUCACCAUUAGGAAAGAUAUGUUGCUAGUAGGUGCAGUUUAGUCAUUAUGGUAAUAUAUUUGAAACUCAUUUUAUAUACUGUACCAGUAUCUUCAUAACUACCCGGUAAAUGCCGUCUUGUCAAUAUAGAUGCAGCUGCUUGGCACACAAAUUCCAUUUGUCAUGUAGAGAUACUUAGAUGUACUGUACUGUAUUUGACAUUCUAAUAGUUUGAAUGCUGUGCAAUUUUUCAUUGGAUACAUUGUUGUUUUAUUGGAGUACUGUAUAAUAAAUCUGCUGGCAGUUUGGGAUGACGGGACAUUCACUAGAACAAUUGGUCAACCAACAAUAAUUUGGCUGCACGCUUACAUUGUAUGAAUGAUAUACUGUAUAGGAGUUUUUCAGUGUUAACAUGCACAAUUGUAUUUACUGAUAUUUUUUUCUAUUCUGCAAGAACUCUGUCACUGCCUUGUUAUUUAGAAUGAGAAUUUUCAAUCAGUUGAGAGAAUUCUUAAAUUUUUUCUUUAAUUAAUUUUGUCCCAUAUCUACACAAUUUAUAUUGUUUUGGGGUAUAAUAUUGUCAAGUGAGGUUCAUGAGCAAGUCUGUUGUGUUCCUCUAACAGUCACAGCAGCUUAAACUACAUUAUACCCACACAUCCAUCAAGGUUAAGUGUAACCGUUAGGGCAGCUGAAACUGUUCCCAUACCUAAAAGUAUAGGGUUCAGUUUAGAGGACUUACACUUUAACAGAAAAGGGAACACCUAUGAACUAGAACCCAAAUGUUACACAACUGUAGAGUACAGUACAGGGUGCUUCCUACUUCUGGUUAUACAGUAAUGCACUCUGUGUCUGUCCUUUGUUUUACCUCUGGGAAAUGUUCAAAUAAUAUAUUUGCACAUGAUCAUUGCAUUAGAAAAUUUAAUUGUUUGAGAUGGACGAGUUAAAGUGAUUGUAUAAUGUGAACUUCAUUGUUGUAAGUCAGCAUAUGCAGUCCACGCUAAAAAAUGAAAUCAUCUUCAACUUUUUACAACCAUUCUCCACACAUGCAUUGGUUACCUGUAUUCAGAAAGAAAUAAUGAAAGGUUUGCAAUCAGGUUACAAACAAGGAUAAGUUGUAAGGUUAUAUUAUGAUGGGUAUCAAAGUUCACUCAAUAGCAUUAACCUUCCAGAGAAGAGAUUAUGGAGGUUAUGUGGGAAACACUGGGGCCCAGUUAUAGAAUGAGGAUGAGAGUGGGUAUUAAAAUUGUGAAGACAAGAAUAGAAUGGUUGAGGGAACAGUAGUUUAUAACUAAAAUAAAACAGUUUUAUGGAGGAGAAAGGUAGAGUAAGACACGUAAUAGAGACAUGGGCAUUGUGAGAUAGGUAGGAAAGUGUUGUCAGAUGUAUAAUGAUUUAUCUAUUUUACAAUAUGGUGUGUAGACUGGCAGCAAGACUAUAAUAAAUGUAGAAAUCAGACAAGGGUUCUAGUACAGUACUGUACUGCAGUGCUUGUAUGAACAGUGAUCACUUUUACUGGCUAUGAAAGCAAAUAAAGGUCACCUGAGCCCACAGAGAACAGUUGGUAUCAUUCAGUCUGGUCUUUAGAGGCCUGAUAUUGUGCUGUUAGAAUAGGUGGGUGUGAUGGUGUUUAUAAGGUAAACUUAAAUGUGCACAAUGGAUGACACUUCAUGAUCUAACUCCAAAAUCUUCUUUCAGCUCUAGAUAUCAAUUUGCCAUUAUUUUUUUGGCUUUUAUAUUACCAAGAGUUCAUUGCUAAUAUUAAGUUUUCAAAAGUAUUGAAAGAAAUAUUUUGAGUGGGAACUGUUUGUGAGUGUAACAGCAUCAUGAUUGUAAGACGAAACACAUCAAAUAACGUGUGUAAUUUGUAAAUAAUUUACAAGUACAAAUUGUGUGCAUACAUGACCUGAUGUGUAAAACUACCUAUAUCGUGUGAAGUCAGUUGUCUAUUACUUUUGAAAUUAUUGUAUUAUGCUGGUAGUUUGUGAAGGACUUUGAUGUUUGUAAAAGGUAAACAGGUACAGUACUGCAAUUGGAUAAUUCAUACUCCUUCAAAUUUUGGUUGAAAAAAUGUUUUGAAAAUAUUCUGAUCUCUUACCUAUUUAAUUAUUGUUAAUUAUUCUGAUAAGUUAACAAAAAAAUGACAACCACAAGUAUGGCAACCUACUUUAACAUGGGUAAUGAAUAGUUGCAAUGUUUCCAAUAUAGAGUACUGUACUGUACGGGUAUAUUAAAUACAUCCAUCACUUGCAUUACAUAUUAUCACUACCAUUCUGUACCAUCAUUGAAGAUAACAUCUCCAAUUGCGAAUCUAUUCAGUGCACGAAUAUGUGCACUGAUUUGAGCUGCAGAUAGACUGAACCAAAAUGUCUUCCAGCUUGUGGAGUCAUGUUACAUAUGGACCUACUUAUGGGAAGACAUCAUUGAAUGGAAUAUGAAAUAUUUUAUUCCAGGAGUAUGACAGUGUACAGGAUUCUAGGAGUGAUGGGUUUAGUUGCAGGUUUUAUUUUUUUUAUAAUGGUAGGUUGGCUGUACUGUAUAUGACCAAGGACUGGGUAUAGUUGAUUGACAUGCUCAGUCCUUGACCAUGCCUGACUUACAGCAGAAGCCCUGUUAUUUACAAGCUAUGUAUUCAUGGAGUGAUUAAUUAUCAUCAACAGUGAAAAAAAUUUCAAAAUCAUUAUUUUACUUGUGUCCUAUUAUGCAGACCUCAUCUCUAUAACUUUCACUGUGCAAGAAAAACUCACAUUUCUAUGACUGACCAGGUUGGAUGUGCAAAGCUAAUGUGAUCAGUGUUGGACAGCAUGUACUCUAUAAUAUGCAGCUGGAGUGUGCGAGUCAAAAGAGAGAUUGCUUUAACAUUAGAAAUAAAAUUAUAUGUAGUGGGGUGUUUAAGCUUCAGGUGGGACAAUGUUGGGAGCCCAAUUUUCAGCCCCUCCUCCUAGACAAGUCUUCAAUAUUAUCAACACAAGCACCAAACCAGCAACUGGCUGUUUGGAAAUAAUCCAGGCAAGAUAUACUGCUGCUACUCUUUCUUUUAUACAAGCAGUGGUUUGGAUGGGAGAUCCAUCAUUCACAGUGAAGAAUAGAGGUGAGAUGCAUUCUUUUGUAUUUUGUGACUGUAUAACUGUAAUAACCUUGUUGUACAUUGUGUGUUCUGAUGCCAAAACUGGAUUGGAGUCGCAUCUUUAAGAUCGAUCACCUUGCCUCUGAAAAUAGGCCAAGGCCCAUGAAAUCUUUACUUAUGGUGAAUCAGUGGUUUGGGUAGUAGACUAAGGGGAGGUGAGGUACAGUCCCCCCAAAAGUAUCGUUAUCCAUGGGGUCGAUGUGGUUUUGUGAGUAGUGUUAGUUCACUAGUUUAAGAACAGUUGGGACAAUCAACUGCAGGUAUCAAUAUACUGAACACCAUUAUUUACUACUUAACUAUGUGGAUCAAAUUACAGUACAGUAUCUGGUAAAACUGUUGUGCAGAGAACUGACCAAUAAUUUAAAAUUUUAUUCCUGGAGAUAUUUCAUAAAUAUAUGAUGUUUUGUAUAUUUGAAUACUGUUACUGAUAUGGGGAGCAGGUAUACAUGUAUCAGCAUACGUUGCUGCACUGGCAAAUAUAUCAAAAGUAUUUUGUUCAGCAUUUCAAAUUGUAAAGAUAGAAAAACUAACAAUACCUUUUGGAGGGACCAUACCUUCCCUUACCUGAACCCAAACUUAACCAGUUUACCUGAAAAUUAAUAAAAUAAAUUUGUGGCCUCGAGCAAAAAUCCUAAACCAAAACCUGAAAAACUGAUCUGUAGACCUACACCGCUGGCACAAACAACCCUUCCAUUUACCUCCUCUUAUCCUAUAAUCCAGUACACAUAUCAUGUCAUUACUUUUAAAAAAAAUGUGUUCAUGCUCUAUUUACUAAUGUUUUCCUGUAAUACAUCCUGUUACAAUUUCAUAUCACCUUUGUUUACCAGUCACUGCACAUGCACACACCUGGGCAUUAAGUUCCUGUCAUGACUGAACAGACUUUUGACUGGCAAGAGAAAAAUAUGGCAGUUAUUGCAGCGUUAAUUUAUUUUGGAGUUUUGAUGAUUUAUAAUAAUGCCGAUGUAAUAAAUUUUCCAUCUUACCUACUGUUCAGGCCCGAGACAAGUCAUAAAUGUACUGUCCUCCAGUAAGAAUAACACGGGUCCAUGAUUAUAUACAAGUGUAAUUUAUCUUUAUUCUUAAUAACUAGCAUUCUGUAAAGCAUUUCUCAAUGUUUUAUAGUGAUAAUUCCCAAGCAAAAAAUUAUUAGUUUAAUUCAUAGCCUAAAACAAAAAUGAAAUUAAUGACAUCAGGUACAUCAUACUGGCUGCACACUCAUUACACCGUUUCUGUUUGGAAAUUUAAAGUACUGUAUUGCAGAAGUGGUGUUUAGCCAUUUGUUAUGUAGUAAAUCAGUAACUUACUUCACCCUUGUGAAAGUGGAUCCCACAGACCUGACGGCCAGUUAGAGGCAGUGCAAAUGUGGCACAGUACUGAGCCUUCAUUGCGACACUUGACUGAUUUUCCCUUACUUAGUCACAGUUAAAUGGCAUUGCCCUGGGCAUAAACCAUCAACCCUCAGUAUGGGAGGCAAUCUAUAUCCACUCAGCUGCCACUCCCCAUACAGUAUUUCACCACUAAAGCACAAAUAUUAUAUAAAAAAAAAAAAAAAGUUUGUUUCAUAUAUAGUGUACAUACGUAAGCCAUCAGCCAUGGAGGAUGACCUUGGUAGAACUUCAAUAUAAUGGACUUCCUCUCAUUGUGACCCCCAGUUGUGUCGGAUUUUACUCGUCGGCAUAUCUAAAAUAAUGACUCCAAUUUAUACAUUACAGUAUUUUAAUUCAGUAUUACAGUUUUGGUACUUCAAAUAUGCCUAAGUAUACUACUAAGAAAUUAGCUUUCAGAAGCAGGUGCUGUCAUGUUUUCUGAACUCAACAUAAAUAUGUCAUUACUGUACUAGCAAUGUAAUAUUUGUAUAUGGCAUUUAGCUAUGCAUAUUAAAUGUGCAUUCACAUGGUGCAAUUAAUAAGUACACAGCUUUCCCAUAUUGAUAAAUUUUGUAGGUUAUUCUGGGUAAAGGAGAAUACAAGUUGUAAAUUUUGAAAACAAGGUUUAUGCUGAUACAGAAGUUGGUGCAUAUGUUGACAAAAGUUUUAUACAUCGACAUUAAUUUUUUUUUUAAUAUGUGUAAAUAAGUUAUCCUAUGAUCAAUAUUUGAUCAGUAUGAACUUAAUUGGUGCAUUUGUUAAAUAAAGUGGCAAUGUAGUUUGUGUAUACAGUAGUACUGUACUGUAUUGUAUAAUGGUCAGUACUUGAUCAGUUCUCACUUAAAAAUGGUGUUAUACUUUAGCAGAAAGAAUGCAACAUUUAAUAAUUAUUCCUGUAUUUGUGACAUUCAGGUCAUGAAUUGGGAAAAUUAUUGUUUACUUAAAACAAAAGAUUAAAUUUUCAUUAGGGAAAGAAUAACUUUAUUGUGGGCUGUUCAUACAUGGAAUGUACACCAUCAGCUUUUUUGUUUAUUUUUUAUUUCAUGUGCAAAGUUGACAUUAUCUCCUCUUCCACAUUGUUGUCCAAGUUAUCUGGACAGUGUACAGUAUUUAUCUUAAAAAAUUAAAUGAAUCAACAGUGCUGAUUGCUAAGUCUUGUGCCAGAGUAUUAUCUAAUUUUGACUAAACUUGAUUCUUCAUUAAAAUGACCUGGUACCUUAUUACAUGAUCUUCGAUAAGGAGACUGCAAACCAUUUUUAUUAGUUAAUUAGCAUUUCAGUAAGUAUGCAAGCUAUUUUUCUAUGGUGCCCACAUGCAAACAAAUGAUCUUUUUUGGUCAUCAUAGGUAUUAUUUGGUCAUAAAGCAAGAGUUGAUUCACCAACAGAACUCUGAAUUAUUCAUAGGUUACUUACUCAAGUUUUCUAUUCAUACUUUUAACCUCAUUUGCAGUUUAGAGUUUCUGUAAUAAAACACGAGUGUGGAUAGACAGAGGUUGGCAGUUUUGAGUAAGUAGAUUAGGCUACAGGGUAAAGGGGUCAUGCAAGCAGUUUAAAUUGCCACUUGUUCAAGGUGGCAACUGGUGUGCAGUGUUCACCUGUGCCAAUGUUACAUGUACAAGCUUAUACAAUAAAAAAAAUUUACAGA